GAAAGCACUUCCGGGUCAACACUAAAGGUUGCUGCGGCCGCCAUGUUGCUGAAUGAAAAUAGCUUCCAAACAGUAAUUAGCCGCUAGCAAUAUCGAUAUUUUAUUUUGUCAUUUAAUCGCGAUUGUUACAACAUGUGACUGAACGCAAAAUAUGACCUAGGAUUUACGUCAUCACCCCGGACGCUCGUUUACCCAAUACUGUGUUCGGACAUUGUAACAGUGUCGCGCAAUGCACCAUGGAAGUGGCUCACAGAACAUGCAACGACAGCUCCAGAGGUCCAAGUCUGUCAGUAGCUCUGAAGCAGAGGAGCAGCAGCAGCAGCAGCAGCCUCCGCAGCCUAUCGUUGCAGGUGCUCAACCCGCGGCCGGCCACCCUCAGUCGCCCGUGACCACGUUUUCCUCCUCCGCUGCUAGCCCGUCCGCUCCGCAGUCUCCCAACUACCAAAUCAUCAUGAGUCGUAGCCCGGUCACUGGGCAGAACAUGAACAUCACCCUACAGAACGUGGGGCAGAUGGUGACGGGAAACCAGCAGAUCACUCUGACCCCGCUCCCUCAUCAGGCUAAGAGGUCCCGGAUUGACGUCGGUCGCCACGGGCUGAUUUUCCAGCAUCCUGGUGUAGGUCCUUUAGGAUCCACCGGCGUUCCACUCCAGCAGCUUAUGCCAACUGCGCAAGGUGGGAUGCCGCCGACCCCUCAGGCGGUCCAGAUCGCCGGGCAGAAACAGAGCCAGCAGCAGUACGACCCGUCCAGAGGACCGCCGGUGCAGAACGCGGCCAGCCUGCACACGCCGCCGCCGCAGCUGCCUGGCAGACUGCCCCCCGGUGGCCUCCCCAUGGCGGGGCUAACGUUGACGCUUCCUCAACAGGCUCAGUUAGUGGAGAACACAGCGCCGCCCGGUGGCCAGCUCCAGGUCAAGGUGCAGGCCAACGUCCCGGUGCUGACCGGUCACACUCAGCUCCAGGCCCAGCAGCAGCAGAUCCAGUCCCAGGCCGUCCUCCAGGCCGGACAGGCGACCGUGGCUCUCGCUCGUCCAGAGUCCAACCAGCCGCUCCAGAAGAUCCUGACCAACUCCGUGUCCAUGCCGACGGUGUCCCCCGUCCCCGUCCCGGUCCCCGUCCCCCUCCCGGCUCCUCACUCUUCUCUCCGACCGCUGAGCACGAACGUCCACUCCAACACGCCGUCCAAGCUAACCGGGACCAACGGCGUGUCCGGCGCAGCGGCCGGCGCCUUCGCUCAGAGCAGCACCCUGACGUCGCCACCGGAGGGCGCUCCGGACAAACAGGUGGAACAGUCCAAGCUGGAGGGUCGCAUCUCCGAGCUCAGGAAGGACGGUCAGUGGUCGGCCACUCGGCUGCCCAAGCUGAUGGAGGCGCUGCGCCCCAAGUCGCACUGGGACUACCUGCUGGAGGAGAUGCAGUGGAUGGCCGCCGACUUCGCCCAGGAGCGGAGGUGGAAGGAGGCGGCUGCCAAGAAGCCCGUCCGCACCUGCCGUCGCCAUCACGAGAAGAGUCGCAACAAGGAGCGGUUGAGGAAAGAGGAGGAAAUGAACCUGCGACUCAUCGCCGCCACCAUCGCCCGAGAGGUGGAGUUCUUCUGGUCCAACAUCGAGCAGGUUGUGGAAAUUAAACUGCGGUCGGACGUUCACGAGAAGAAGCUGCGAGCCCUGCGUUUGCAGAGCGCCACGUCCAAAGCGCGAGGUUCGGCGACAGGAGAGAACGCUGGCAAAGAUGAGACGUCUGCUGGAUCCAGGAAGAGAAAAGCAGCGUUGAUCACGACCGACGCAGUCCCAGAUGAAGAGAGUACCAUCGAGGAACAGGAGGCCGUGGAGGAGUCGGACCACAGGUCGGAGUUGGCCGACCUCGCAAAAGACGCUGAGAUGCCUCUGGAGUCUCUGGUCAAGCAGUACGCCGGCGCCUACGCAGACAGCUUCGAUUGGCCCCGGCCGAGCGCUCAGAGCGACGACGACGGCGACGUCGAGGUCAAGGAGCCGGACGGCGGUCCGGCGUGGAGCCCGCCCGAGGCGGUGCUGAUCGACUCCCUGCUCAGCGUGGACCAGUACCGAUGCGCCGACAAGGCCGCCUACUCGGAGAACAAGGGGAAGGCGGGCCGAGACAUCGCCGAGGUGGCCGCCGCCACCGAGGUCAUCCUGCCCAAGGGCAGCUUCAGGACCAGCGCCGCGAAUCGCAGCCCGGCUCCGUUCCUGCUUCACGGUACCCUUCGAGAGUACCAGCAGAUCGGCGUGGACUGGUUGGUGAAUCUCCACAAGAAGCGUCUGAACGGGAUUCUCGCAGAUGAGACGGGACUUGGGAAAACUGUCCAGACGGUGGCGUACAUGGCCCACCUCGCCGGCCAGGCCGGUAUCUGGGGCCCCCAUCUGGUCGUGGUGAGAACGUGCAAGCUCCUGAGCUGGGAGGUGGAGUUCAAACGGUGGUGCCCGGGCCUGAAGAUCCUCCUGUACCUCGGCGACAAGAAGGAGCGCCGAUCCAAGAGAAGGCGGUGGGCGGAGGCCAACGGUUUCCACGUGUGUCUGACCACCUACAAGCUGCUGAUGAAAGACCACGCCCAUUUCCUCGACAGGAAGUGGAAACAGGUGGUGCUGGACGAAGUGCAGCUCAUCAGGAACAUGACGGAGAAGCACUGGGAGCGCGUCUUCAACCUCCGAAGUGAGCAGCGGAUCCUCCUCAACAACACGCCUCUGCAGAACACCCUGAAGGAGCUGUGGACCAUGAUCCACUUCCUGUUGCCGGGCAUCACCCGACCGUACGCCGACUUCCCCGUCAAGGCCGGCACGGACCAGAAUCAAGACUACUGCCACAAGCUGGUCAUCCGCCUCCACCGGGUGAUCCAACCGUUCAUCUUGCGACGCACCAAGAGGGAGGUGGAGAAACAGCUGCCCAAGAAGUACGAGCACAUCCUGAAGUGUCGCCUGUCCGGACGACAGAAGGCUCUGUACGAGGACAUCCUCACGAGGCCCGGAGCACAGGAGGCGCUGAAGACGGGCCACUUCGUCAGCGUGCUCCAGGUCCUGAUGCAGUUGCAGCGGGUGUGUAACCACCCCGAGCUGGUGGCGCCCCGCGAGGGCAGCAGCGCCCUCUACUGGCCCUCGCUGCAGUACGACGUCCCGUCCGUGGUGCUUGGAGCUCUUCGGAAGGACCACUCUCAGACGGCGAGCCUGUCCAUCUUCUCCCGCGGAGACGUGGUGAAGAUAGCGCAGCUAGCUAACAUCGCCGGAGGCCAGAGCCGCAUCUCGACGCCGGAGACGCCGGUGACGCUGCAGUUCCAGGGCAACAAGUUCACGUUGUCCCCCAGCCAGCUGCGUCAGCUGACGACCGGACAGCCGCUACAGCUCCAAGGUACACUGGGCAACAUCCUACAGAUCGUGUCGGCUCCUGGGCAGCAGAUCAUCCGACCGCAGGGCUCCAUGGUGAUGCAGACCGUACCGCAGACCGCCCCGGCGGCCGCCGCCGCCGCCUCGCCUUCACCGGGCUCGGCUCAUUCUGCCCCGCCCGCCGGGCAACAAGUGACGACCAACGCCACCUCAGGGUCCGCCAAGGUCACUGCGGCUCACGCUGCGUCUCCGGAGUCGUCGGAGGAGAAGAAGGAACAUCUCCGUCGCCUGUUCGACGCCAACGAGCGACGCUGCGGUCGCAGGGUGAUGUACGGCUCCGACCUGCUCCGCGCCUGCGCUCUGACCUCCGACCCCGGCCGCUCCGCUGGGGGCUGGCGCUGGGUGGGCAGAGAGAGCUGCCUCGGAGCCCGCAGGACGUGCGUGGCCACGUGCGCCGCGCUGCGCUCCGCCCUGCUGACGGUGGAGGAGCGCGUCGAGGCGUCCGGCGGUCUCGUCAGGAGGCUGGACUGCGUGCGCCCUCCUGCCGUGGCUCCUCCCCCUCACGUGUACGCCCACAACCCUCCGGUGCACCACCGCGUCGAGCAGAAGUCUUUCACCCGUCGGCUGCGAUCUGCCUGCGCCCCGCACCGUGCCGACAUCCACCAGGUGGCGGCGAAGCGGCUCCUCCACGUCCCCGAUCUUCAGCUGAUGCAGAUGGACUCGGGGAAACUGGAGGCGCUAGCCAUCCUGCUGCAGAAGCUGCGGACCGAAAAGCGCCGCGUCCUGAUCUUCACUCAGAUGACGAAGAUGCUGGACAUCCUGGAGGUCUUCCUGGACCACAGACGGCUCACCUACGUCAGGCUGGACGGGAGCUUGACCUGCGAAGAGCGACAGGAGAACAUCAACAGGUUCAACCGGAACAGGCGGAUCUUCUGCAGCAUCCUGACCAACGGCUGCUGCUCGGCGGUGCACGCCACGCUCAACGCCGACACCGUCAUCUUCUACGACGCCGACCUCAACCCCAGCAUGGACGCCCGCACGCAGAAGUGGUGCGACAAGAUCGGACGCUCCAAGGACGUCCACAUCUACAGGUUAGAGAGCGGGAACUCCAUCGAAGAGAAGCUGCUGAAGAACGGCACCAAAGACCUGAUCAGAGAGGUGGCGGCUCAGGGCACCGACUACUCCUUGGCGUUCCUCACUCAGAGGACCAUCCAGGAUCUGUUCGAGGGCGAGGCGGGUUCGGGCGAGAAGGUGGAGGAGUUCGUGGUCCUCCACCAGGAGCCGUCGGCCGCCGAGACCAUCUCUCCCCGAGUGGCCCGACCGUACGUCCAAGCGCUGCAGAGCAUAAAUCUGGACGCUCUGUCGGAGGAGGAGGAGGAAGAGGAGCAUCGGGAGGAGGAAGAGGAGGAGGAGGAAGAAGAGGAGGAGGACGGAAACCAGGACCAGGUGGAGCAACUGAAUGCGGUCAUGGAGCAGCUGACACCGAUAGAACGAUACGCCCUGCACUACCUGGAGUACCUCCACGUCAGUGACGACGAAACGGCCCUGAAGGAGCGUCUGGAGUUUUCCAAGAGACACUGGGAGCUGCAGCAGCUGCAGAGGCUGAAGGAGGAGGAGGAGGAGGAGGAGGAGGUGCUGGAAGGAGGAGGCGCAGAGCUGUUCACCUACACCAGAGAGGACGCCUACAACAUGGAAUACGUGUUCGAUGCCGAGGACGGUCACCGAGAAAUCAUGCCGGUCAGUUCCCCACUCUCCCCCCCCCAGGACGACAACGACAUUUACAUCGACUCCGUCAUGAUGCUCAUGUACGACACCGCGCCGAUGCCCGAGUCCAAGCUGCCGCCCGUCUACGUCCGCAAGGAGCACAAGAGGCUGAAGAUGGACCCGGCAGCAGCCAGGAAGAAGAAGAAAGGCCACGGAGAGACGGUCAUCCCGCCGCGCUCGCUGUUCGAGAAGGCUAGCAUGUUGAAGGUCCGCCGCGAGGUCAAAGACCAGAAGAAGAACUUCUCCCUGAAGCAGCAGGCGCCGUUCGCCAAACCCCUGCCCUCGCUGGUCAAGCCGGCCGUAGAGGCCGGUCAGGACAGUCCGGAGUGGCUCAUCAGCGAGGACUGGGCUCUGCUCCAGGCGGUCAAGCAGCUGCUGGAGCUGCCGCUCAACCUGACCAUCGUGUCGCCGGCCCACACGCCCAACUGGGACCUGGUCAGCGACGUGGUCAACUCCUGCAGCCGGAUAUACCGCUCGCCCAAGCAGUGUCGCAACCGCUACGAGAACGUCAUCAUCCCCAGAGAGGAGGGCAAGUUGAUCUACGAGGCUAACCCCAAGAAGAAGACCAAGAGCAUUUACAAGUCCAAAAACAGCCGUCCACUCAGGACGUCCCAGAUCUACUCCCAGGACGACCACGCCACACAGAUGCAGCUGUACAACGCCCGCUUCGAGCUGAUGAAGAUCAUCGCCAGCAAGAGGAGCGCGCCCAUAAAACCGCUUCUUGGACUCAAUGCGUUCCAGAAGAAUCCCAAACACGCCUCAGUCUUGGCAGAAAGUGGGAUCAGCUACGACAAACCUCUGCCACCGAUUCAAGUGGCAUCUCAACGAGCUGAGAGAAUCGCCAAGGAGAAAAAGGUAAGAGGAUUCACUGGAUCCAGUGGCGGAACUGUUUGUUUCCCUGACCUUCAUCCUUUCCAGGCCGGAGCCAUCAAAAACGCCACCGCGGGCACGACCAUCCAGGCCGCCACCGUAGGAGGAAACGUCAUCGUGAACACCGUGGCUGGAGUCCCUCCAAGUCCUUUCCAGGCUAACAAACGUCUGGCCUCCCCGGUGAUCCCCGGCCCCCUGUCUCCCGCCGGAGCGGCCGCGGCCCAGGUGGGCCUCACCCAGAGGACGGUGGCGGCCGCAGCCGCCGCCCCGGCUGAGGUGGUGGCCAUAGCUACGGGGCAGGGAGUCCGAGCCGUGACGCCGGUGACCGCUCCUGCCGUGGUCUCCACCACCCUGAGUCCGGUCCAGUCCCAGACCCGUCCGAUGGUCACGCAGGUCGCCCAAGCAGGGAUGCAACUGCCCCAGGGGAAGACUCUGUCUCCAGCUCACCUUCAGAUGUUCAGACAACAACACCUGCAGCAACAACAACAGCAGCAACAGCAACAGGCGUCUUCACCACAGAUUCACGCUGUUAGUAAACCCCAGGAGAUGUUGAAGAUGCACAAACACAAGCUGCAGCAGCAGCAGCAGCAGCAUCAUGCAGCAGCAGUGGCAGCAGCAGCACAGGGUCAACAGCCCCCCGGCCCCCCCCAGGCCCCUCCGGUGCAGCCGGCUCAGACCGCCCCCCAGCUG